AUGAACACGUUACUCAUGUGGAAAUAUGCCAUUCAUUUGCUUCAGUCAGAGUGGCCCGCUCUCCAGAAGCCUCCUCGAAAACAGCAUGAGCCUGUUGGACCUAUUCCACCUAACAACCCCCACGAUAACAUUAUAGUUAUCCGUGUCAAACUCCUGCCCAUUCACCCUAUCAUCCCAUUGAUUGCCCCACCCCUUGGUCCCAGAGUUGAAGUCCACAUGGGCACACGUGGACACAAUAUCCUCCGCGUACGUUCCCAGGUAACUACAGCUCGGCUGGAUGUACCACGCGUUAUCAUUACACAGCCAGAUAGCAGCGUUGUAGGAGCAGCUGAUGCGAGAACACACGCGCGGGCCGGCACCGACGCCGCACGCGCCGCUGAGUCAGUCGAUUCCUUGCAUGAUGGUCACAGUCGAGCAUUGUCCGCCUUUGUCACCAGGGAUGUUGCAGAUGACGCCGGAUUGGGGGUGCUUAGUUCACUGGCCAUUAACGGGAGAGGGAAUCGGAUGACGGACCUUGUUUCUUUCCUCGAUAUCGCGAGCACUGAGGCUGCUGUCGUUUUGGCCGAGCCAGACGACGAACUCGGGGUUGACGUCGAGGAUUUGAGUCAUGACUUCCUGGAAGUUGUCAGUCUGCAGCCUUAG